AUGGCGUCUCUUCCCUUCGUGGGAACUUUAGAUUCAGAUGACGAUGUAGACCAGUUGGAUAACGAAAGCGAUAGCGAAGAAGAAACAGAAGAGAUUGUUAGGAGUAGCAGAACUAAGAAGAAAGGAAGUUCGUCUUUUGAUAAUGAUUUCCAGUUCCUUUCCGGAGAGGGGUUUGAAGAUGGCAAUGAAGAUCCGUGGAAUCUGGAUGCAGCCAUUAGAUUUGCAAAACACAAACAAGAAUCGAAUAAUAACUCAUCAAGCCUUCAAGACAAAAUAGUGAAGAGAAGAGAGUUAAAGAAGCAGAGGAAAUCAGAGAAGGAGAACAUUCAGAGGCAAGCUAUAGUUGGGGAAGAAGAUGGUGUCAAAAACCUGAGUGAAGGAAAACAAGAAAAGGAGGUGAAAAGGAAUGGUGUGAAUAACAUAGACAAUUCCAUACAACAUUCAGAUGAUGAAGACAGCAGUUCAGAAGAUGAAGAAACUAUUGAUAAGGUGAAAUGUCUUAUUUGA